ACUCGGUGCCAAUCUGGUGUGUUAAACUAUUUGCAUUCUGAAGCAAGGAGUGGAAAUCAGAAUUACCAUUGGUUUGCUGAGACUGUUGGAUUAUGUUUUAGUUUCCAAAGCCAAAUUGGAACGACAAGUGUCAUCAUUCUCAAAGGACGUCAGUACCAAUAAUGAAGUUAAAAAUAACCUUGUGUUUACCCGAUGCCUAUCAGAUUAUCGGUAUUCCUAUUAAUAUUAAACUAAUUAUUAAUUUUGAGCAGAAUUAAUUGUUUAAAUAUACCCCAAGAUGAUAGUUGGGGUUGCUGACUACCUGUGACGUCCAUUCCUGUUGCUCCCUCUGUGACAAAUCGUUUGCUUUCUUUAUUUAUUUAUUUACUUACUUACUUAUUGAAAUACAGCGUGGAAAAGGCCCUUCCGGCCCCUCAAACCACGCGGCCUAGCGAUCCCCCAGUCCAGUCCUAGCGUAAUCACGGGAAAAUUUACAAUGACCAGUUAACCUACCAACCAGUACAUCUCUGGACUGUGGGAAGAAACCGGAGCGCCCGGAGGAAACCUACGAUGUCAUGAACACAGUGUCUUACUUCCUUGUGAUUAACUUAUGAGAACUUGUGGCUCUCAGGUUGACUACCUGAAUCAUGUUUCUCCAGAGAAUUUGGUGGCUUGUGGUAACAUCUCUCUCCAUACAAAUCGGUGAAUGUUUAAAAAUUGUAGAUAAUCCCUUGGAAGGAUCUGCCUACAUUGUUCCUGAGUCACCAGUAAUAGAAAAUGGAUCCCAAAUACAGGCAUCCUGCAUUCUUAGUAAAAGUUUUGUGAAAGAACAUAGAGUGGAUGCCAAUCAAGUAUUCUGGAAAUUAAAGGAAAAUAGAAUACCAAGUGACCACUACACCAUAGUCAAUAACACGGUAUCCAAUGUAACACUGACUAUUUCUACUGUUGGAGUUGCACUUCUGACCUGCAAUGUACAGUACAAUGAGGAUCAUGUGGGAACUGUCUUUGGAAUACAAGUUACGACAGGAUUGCUUCCAGAAAAGCCAAAAAACUUGACAUGCAUAACAUAUUAUGACCGCAAUAUGACCUGCUCCUGGGAUCCAGGAAAAGAGACGUACCUGCAAACCAGCUACUAUUUAAAAUUGUCAAUUAAACCUGGACCUCCAAAGCAUUAUGUGUUGAAAGAUGGUGUGAACAACUCCUAUGCAAUUGAAUACCCAUACAUUUAUUAUUUUGUUUUAAAUAAUAUAUCAGUUGAGGCAAAAAAUUCCUUGGGCACUGUAAUAUCCGAUCCAAUAUAUCUGGAUCCAGUUGAUGUUAUAAAACCGGAUCCUCCAAAGAUAAAGUUGAUAAAACAAGUACCAGGAAUGAGCAGAGUUUUGACUGUUCAUUGGGAAAAUCCAAUUUUGCCAGUUACCUAUGGACUGAAAUACAAUCUCAGAUACAGAAUUAUGUAUACGCAUGAGUGGAUACAGGUUCCAUCAGAGGAUACCAACCUUAAACGAAAUUCUUUCUUAGUUCAAGGUUUGAUACCUUUUACUGCUUACAGCUUCUCAAUUCGCUGCAAGAAUUUUGGUAAUUCUGGCUACUGGAGCAACUGGAGUUCAGAAAAAAUUAAGAAAACACCUGAAACCAAUCCAUCACGAGGUCCACCCAUUUGGAGAACAAUUAAAAGCCUAACAUUUCCAAAUCGAAGAAUAGAUAUCAUUUGGAAGGAACUUGAUAAGUCGGAUGCUAAUGGAAUUAUUUUGGGAUACCAAUUGAAAAUUAUGCAAAAGGAUUCUUUGAAAGUCCAAAUUGUUAACACUAAGGAUCUUGAGUACAGUACUACCCUUUCACAAAGUGGAUAUGAAAUUUCAUUAAUUGCAAACAAUUCAGCUGGUGCCUCUCCAAUGUCAAUUUUAAUAGUGCCAGACACACGGGAGCCAGUGCGCCCACCUGUAAGUAAAUUCAGUGCUUAUCGUCAAGAUGGCCGUUUAAUGGUGGAAUGGGAGGCACCCAAAUAUUCAGUUAGUGGUUACAUAAUAGAAUGGUGUGAAGACUUUGGCAAAGAUUUGUGUCAUAAGCCCACAUACUGGCAGCAUGAGAAGAAAACUGUGAACAAAACUUUCUUAAAAGACCAUGUCUUGCCACUCAAGCGUUAUCGAAUAACCAGUUACCCUCUGUAUAGUGGUCAUCCUGGAGCUUCGCUUUCAACAUUGGCAUACUUGCAACAGGAUCGUCCAAUAAAUGGUCCUUCUGUUCAUCUGAAACAUGUGGGAAAAAAUGAAGUUGAAAUAGUGUGGAGUGAAGUACCUGUUAAUGAACGGCGUGGCUUCAUCACAAAUUACACCAUAUUUUACAGGAGUGUAAAUUCAAAUGAAUCAAGCUUUGUUGUUGAUUCAAAGCAGCAGCAGUUUGUACUGAAAUCAUUGAAGGGCAAUACUUUGUAUGUGGUUCGUGUUAUGGCAUCAACAAUCAAAGGAGGCACAAACAGCUCUGAAGUCAAUUUUACUACUUUAAAUUUUGCAAAAGGUGAAAUUGAGGCAAUUGUAGUACCAAUCUGUCUCUGUUUUCUCUUGAUCACCAUGGGAGUGACACUACUGUGCUUCAAAAACAGGCAUCUUAUUAAAACCUGCGUUUGGCCGAAUGUUCCGGAUGCUGCAAAUAGCAGGAUUGUUGAUUGGUCAUCUAGCAAUGGAAAUCAUAUCAAGAAUAACCUAGGCCCAAGUGAUCCUGUGAAUCUGGAUGGCUUUAUUUCUGAUGUCACUAUAAUUGAAGCUGAUGCAGAUAAUAAGUACUCAUCUAAUGAGGAUGAUAUGAAGCAAUUGUCAUCCCUGAAAAAGGAAAAGAGUACAUCAGGAGAGCAUAGCAGUGGCAUUGGAGGUUCUUCAUGCAUGUCAUCCCCUCGACAAAGUGUUUCUGAUAGUGAUAGUGAGUUGGCACAGAAUACAACAAGCAGCACAGUUCAGUAUUCAACUGUACUAGUGAGUGAUACUGGUUACAAGUGCCAACAACCAUCAGGACAAGUUUUUGCAAGGUCUGAAUCAACCCAGCCUCUUCUAGAAAAUGAAGAAAAGCCUGACGAACAUUCAUAUGGCAAUUUUGGAAGCCGCAGUACAGAAGUAAAAAGACAGUAUUUUAAGCAGAAUUGUCAUGUUGAGGAGCCCAUUUUGAAAGAAGUACCUUCAAAUGAAGGUGAAAUCCUGGGUGAUAUGGAUGAAGAUAGCUCCCUCAGACUAAGUCGAAUGGAAAUUUCAGAUCAGAACUCUGAGGAAUCCUGUCCUGUUGUGGAGGAGUUUUCAAGCUGUGACAACCAAACUGUUGUCAAAUUGGACUUGUUGGGAUUUGAUGGAUGUUUAGAAACUGAUCAGCAAAGUUAUAUGCCUCAGGCUGUGAAACACAACAGUUAUAUGCCUCAGUCUAAAUAAGUCUAUACUUUAUGCUUGAGGUGCAAAAACUUUUAUUUUGGAGGUAAAGUGUCAAAAAUGUGAACUUCUGUUUAACGUCCACACUUAUCCUGAGUAAGCCUAAAUCAUUUGUAAUUUGAUUAACUAUAGAUAGAAAAUUGUAUCUAUGUCUUUGAAUAGUGUAUGUAAAAACAUGGACACCAGUUUUUGAGCUUGAAUUAUUUUCUGGUUUCCAGAAAUGACCUGGCCACUGUUUGUGCACACACUGAGCUCUUCUCUGAGCCAUGCAUAUGCUUGUGUUACAGGUCCAGCACCAAGCUACACACUUGGUUCUGCUUCCGGUCAUAUUCCUGCUAUUUCUUGCUGUCAGGGAUGUGUAGUGAUGUUGCUCCUUGUAAUUUCCUAAGAAUGGCUGGUUAAGACAGAAAUAGCUGAGUACAGCCUUGUUACAAAUGAGACCAAGCAGCAUUUCUACUCUGACCUGGUGGGACAUCCCUUGGGAGGGAGAGAGAGAAAAGGCACCUCUGGUGACAUGUAAUCGGUAAAGAGUAGGAAAGGCCAACUUCAUUUGUGUCCUUCUGAUGAAAUGAAGCAUGGAUGACAUAAACAGCGCUGUUUUGUCAGAGAUGAGUGCUAGAAGAUAAGACAGUGAUCCAAUCCUGGGUGCUGCCACUUGUUGGAAUAUAUCUCCUGAGUAAGAGACCAUUGGAUACCCAAAUCACCCACAGAAUGAAAAGAACCAAUGUUUUCCAGACUGAUAGCAACCUAGUUCCAGAACACUAGUGCCAACAGAGAUGUUGCAACAGCAGGGGGGAAAAUUUUUGAAAGUUUCAAGGACUGCAUGAACUUGUGGUAAUGCAUGGGGCAGUUCAGCCAUUUUGUCUCCAUGGUGUAUGUGCUUCAUUAUGGUAUGCAAGCUUGAUCCUAUCCAACAAAUAUGAGAGAGACAGUAUUAAGCAAUACUGUUACAUUGGUAUUGCACCUUGCCUCCAACAAGCUUUUAUUGCAUUAGAGCCUUCAGAUUGGAGACCUGUGACCAGUAGUAUGCUGCAAGAACCAGUGCUGGAUCUGUUGCUUCUCAUAAUGGUGAUUUGGAUGAGAAUGUAGUAAGGGUAACUGGUAAGUUUGCUGAUGACACCAAAAUUGGUGGUACAGUGGAAAAUACAGGCUAGCUAAGUUUUCAACAGGAUAUAAAUUAACUUGGAAACUGGGCAAGGGAAUGGCAGAUGGAAUUCAACGUGAACAAUUGCAGGCUAAUGUAUUUUGGGAAGUUAAACCAGGGGAGAAUCAAAAGUGAAUGGCAGGGCUCUGGGUAAUAUUAUUGAACGGAAAAACCUUGGGGUGUAAGCAUAUUUCUUCCCUGAAAAUGGAAACAUAGAGGCAACAGUGACCCUUGCCCCUGUUUAUGCCUCUGAGACCUUGAUUAGCAGUAAGUACCAAAAAUGUAGCCACAAUUAUUUUCCAGUCUAAAGGGCAGUUUAGUUGUGUUGUAAUUGUUUAGCGAGAAAGAUUACAAUCUUGUAUUAUCACGUUGUGAUCAACUUUUGUUAGGAUGAGAUUUUAAAUGUUACCUAUUGAAUAUUAAUGUUUAAAAUUCUAUAUUUAGAGGCUUUAUUUACUAAACUACUGCCAUAUUUGGUUCCUACACUGUAAUUCUUUGAAACAGGUACUAAAUGUAUUUGACCUGGAAGGCACAAGUAAUUAAAGAUGUCAAUAACUAUUGUAAAUAUGUACCAACAUUAUCUAUUGGCUGUACGUAAUGCUUUUAUGAACAUUGGAAUCUUUUCCAAAAAGAUAUUGAGUGUAAGUGGCAAGCAUUAAUAAAGAUUUUAACACCUUUUAAUGUAAAGGUGGCAAAAGCACUACAAACAUUUCUAUAAACUGGGUUCAGAGUAGAGAAGAAGCCAUAUUUGCACUUGUACCGCUAUUUGCCUUUUUAAAAAAAAAUAAAUAUGCAAUUUUAUAAUACAUGCUUUAUUUGGGCUGAGUUUAAAUACAAGAAUGCAAAUUGUAAAGACUAAUUUGAGUUACAAGCUUUGUGUUAAGUAAAGUGCAGUAGUCCAAAUUCUCCCAAACAGGCCAACAUUUUGAGACGCCAACCAACCAACAGUGAUGGUGAAGUCACUGUGUAUGCAUGGAGUAAGUUUAGAAAAGUUUGAAUGUAGAUUCAGCUGAUCUUAAAGGAUGCAUGCCAUUUAAUAUAAUCAGUUCUACAAUAUUUUAAUCAAGUUCUGAACAUCACAACCUAAUCAAUUGUCAUAUUAUACUAUUCACUGGUACCUGUAAACCACUCGCUCUAAGCAUGUGCUAUAAACCAAAGUUUUUCAAUUAUGAACACUGCAAAUAGUUGGUUAGUGAGAAUUUGAAAACUCAUGAAAUUGAGGAAUUAUGAAAUUUAAGUUUAUUGAGCAGCAAAUGCAGUUUUACAACCAGUAGUUCUGUCUCUUCAGUUUCAGUUGGAUUUGAACCUUACUAAUUUUGCCAGAGUCAAAAUACAGUUGUUCAAGUUUUCAUGGUGUUGCCUUUCCUUUUCAUGGGCAAACUCUGUUAUCCAUAUUUCCUGCCUUCAAAACAUUUUAAAAAUUAAAGAAUCUCUGCCUGAAAUCCUGCUGCUGCACUAUACAAUCUCUCUGGAAAAGCAAUCUCGUCAAUCCUACUGUUAGUUCCCCACAACCUGGUAGACAUUCUCCCUCAAUUAGACUUUAAAAGUAAUUGAAAUUUGUUUCUAUCACUCUUUCUGGCAGUAACUGCUAAUCCAAAAUCGCUAGUAAAUUUGUUUCUCUGUAUUAAAAGAGAAGAUGUAAUAUAAUUGAGAUUUUAAGUAUAUUUGUGUCACUGAUUAUAUGGUAACAAAUAGCCCAAACAGGACAUUUUACCACAAGUAAACAUUCAUCAGAUUCUUUAUUGCAUUUAAAGAUAUAUUGGAAUAUUGUAUUAUUAUGUAAGUAGACUCUGCUCACCUUUUCCUUUCAUUUUGGACCCAAUUCUUGUAUCUUUAAAUCAAAGCUUUAUUUCCAGUGGAUUGAAUAACUUCCUGAAAAGAUUAUACUCCAAACUAAAAAUGUGCAUAAAUGUGAUAAUAGGCUGUUAGGGGAACAAUGUAUAAAGAAUGUAUUGCUUAUUGUUUUUCAAUAAUUGUGAGAAAUAGUGGGUGGCACCGCAGCAUGGUGGUUAGUGUAACACUUCAGUUACAGUUCAAUUCUGCUACUGUCCAUAGUAAUUCUGCUACUGUUUGAAGGUUUUCCCCAUGACUGCAAAGAUUUCCUUCAGGUAUCUGGUUUCCUCCCACAGUCCAAAGACCAACAGUUAGGUUAAUUAGUGACAUGGAUGUAAUUGGGUGGUGCGGGUUCAUUGGGUCAGAAGGGCCUCUUACCAUGCUGUAUCUCAAAAUAAAAAAGAACCAGAGGCAAAAAAAAUUUGUAUAAGAAUAAAUUAUUUUAAAUCAUCCAGUAAUUAUUUAUAUUCAUAUACAGUGUAUCACAAACACAAGUGGAGCUUGAGGAUGGAAAUAAGUAGUUUGGAGGUAGUAGUGUGCUUUGAAUAGAUCUGCCUAUAAUGUGAAAAGGAAAAAUAAUACAUGAAAUCUGAAAUGGUAAAUGCUGGAGGCAUUUUUCAGGUUGGGCAGCAUCUACGGAGAGAGAAAAAUAUGUUAACAUUUAUGGUCAAAAACCUUUCAUCAAGUAAGCAUCAAUGAAAGGAUAUGAAUGAAACAUUAACCUUGUUUCUCCCUGCACAGAUGCUGCCUGAUCUGGUAAGUAUUCUAGGCAUUUUGUGCUUUUUUUUUCCUGCUGGCAAUGUGCUUGUAUUCAACACAAGUCUUAUUUUAUAAUGUUUAUUUUUGUAAAUGCCUAACCAUAUAGUGCAGGAGCAAGAGCUUGGGUUUUGAAAACUCAUUGUUAAUAGUGGUGAAAAUGUGUAUUUGAGGAGCUGUCAUACUGCCAAGGCCAAGAUGGUCAUUAUCUUGAUUUUUUUUCUUUUAAAACAAGAUUAAACAGGAAAAUUAAAUGGAUUAGUUAAUUUUGGCUUUGAAUAUUUUUAUAUCGGCUUUAAGGUAUGGAUGUGGCUGCCAUAUAUUUAUACUGUAGGUAUUAUUUGUCAGUGAUCAGGUCAAAUAAAAUUCUGUAUAUGAUUUGCUUGGUUUGUAUUUAUAAUGUAUUUAGCUACUUGUUGAAAGUGUGUUUUCAUACUUGAUUUCAAGAAAACCUUUAUAGCUAUGUAUUAUUGCAUUCUUAAAUGUAAAGUCAUUUUGAGCAUAAUUAACAUUCAAUGAUUUUUUCUUUUUGGAUAUGGUUAAAAGGGUAAUCUUCUAAACUGUUCAAACUUGGGCAACAAAAUACUUUGAAAUUACUAGUAAACUUAAGUAGAGAAAUGACGAUCAUUAAAUCUUAAAAAUUGGACAAUUAAUCAUAUCGCAGAUAUAUUCUGCUUCCUAAAUUUAACAUCUGGUUCUUUCAACUUGUAUACCAAUAUUUGACAAUGCUUAUAUAAAAUAAAGGAACAUGGCAGUAAAAGCAUUGUAAUGUAAGAUGAAAUAGAUUGCAAUUUUCAGUUGAUUUCCAGUUGUAUUUGCAAAACUAGGCAAGACUACUAAAUGCAUGCAUCUUUUCAUUUGUGUACUACAUUUAAUAUUGCUGAUUCCAUCCCAUUUACUAAUGUUUGAUAUAUCAAAAUUUCAUGUAAUGCAGUAUUUUAAAUUCCCAUUACUGAGCACUGGGUAAACAAAUAUUUUUCAUUAUCUUUUAUAUAUCCAUAGUGUGUGUGUACGUAAUCUUUUUUGUAUUUAAAAACAAAAAUAAAACAUCUCAAUUAUCAA